AUGCCGAAAUCGCCACCGCCACCAACUGCCGCCCUCCACCGUCACCAACUGCGGCCGCCACCCCUCCUCCAGCGCUCCCAACUGCGGCCACCGCCACCCCCUCCUCCACCGCCCCCAACUGCGGCCACCGCCCCCACCUCCACCGCCCUCCAACGCCACCAACUGCGGCCGCCACCCCUCCUCCACCGCUCCCAACUGCGGCCACUGCCAAGCCCUCCUCCACCGCCCCCAACUGCGGCCACCGCCCCCAAGCUUCAUGGCCGGCAGUCGGUGCGGCGGUUCUUCGGUGCAGCCCAAGGACGGCCGCCGCAGCGGAGCUCCUCCGGUAGCGCGGCAGCUGGAGAUGCCCUCAGUCAGUGGGCAUUUAUCCCAACACAACCUAAGGGGGCACGCCCGCCGAACCACGUCAUCGGCUCCCUCUUAAGGAAGCACUUCCCUGGAUUGUCCAAGCCGGGUGAUGACGAUCCGCCGUCGCCAGGUUUAACCUGGGAGCAUUACCUACACAACAAGGAUGAGCACGAUGUCACCAUGGCCACUCGGGUCAUCAAUGCUUUUUUUCAAAUAUUUGCUUGUGUGGAUGGUGAGCAGCAGAAGGCGAUCAAAGGCAUCGUGAAAUCUGCCCGAAAGAUACUCUCUGACCUCAAGCACACGGUGCGGUACAAAGCCGUGAUGCAGUGUCGGCCGCUCGAUGAGAAGGGAGAGAAGAUGACAAGGAAGACUGCUUGCCAGACCAACAUGUCGCGAGAAGAAUACCUGUCAGUGGAGGCGAAGGUUGGUCGCCCGAUCCCCAUCCUGGAAGCCUGGAAAGAAGGCCACAAGUGGAAGGAUGGCGCCGAGUUCUGCAGCGAGUCAGCGGAGGAGAAGUGGGGGGACCUUCAAAGAGGUCUUCCAGGAGGUGCACGGGAUUUAAUGGCGCAGCGGGCUAUUGAAGAGGAGCAAAGGCGGCAGGCUGAGCAGGCGUCCAGAGAAAAGGAACGGGAAGACAUGAACAAGAGGUUGAAGCUGCUUGAGCAUCAACUACCGGGAUCAGAAAAGAAAUAG